AUGGGGGGAUCGACGCCCGGGUCAGCGCAGCUCUGUCAGGACUGCAAAGACGCGCAUCCCUACGUCCUGAAGAAAUUCCUCAUGCGCAUGCAGCUCCAGUUCCCCGACGACUUCUAUCAAGAUGGGAUCAAGGCGCUCAACGCGAACUGGCAACCGAAAACUGUUCUUGAAGACGGGCUCUACCACUGUGUGUCUCGGCAGACGCGGUUCAGAGAUCCGACGGGCAAGGCGGAAGAGUUUGUUGAGAAAUUGACGAAUGCAAGACAACUGGGAGUCAAAAAGAUAAACUCUGAUCCUGAUUUGGUGGAUGAACUGGAAUAUCAUCUUGACGAGAAAGCUUUCAGAUGUCACGACGCCGAAGGGCCUGAUAUGAUAUGCAAAAAAUGCAUAAGAGCGGUAUCCGAACAUUCAGAUAAGGAAGGGACGAAGGAUUUGAAGGAGUGCUUUGAAGAGGACGGGAAGACCUUGACAAAAGACGUUCUUGACGCGGCGAACGAGCAGGCGACGUGA